CUUGCUGAUGCUCCUCGUCCCCGACUCAACCCGACUUCCCCACUCUUGGACCCCUCCGGAACCCUAUAUCCGGCGGUCGGAACCCUAGCCCCGGCGAUCGAUGACGAAGGUCCAUCCCAACGCUGCUGCGCCGGAGACUAAGAUCCCGACCGUCUCCGGCGACGGCGCCGCCGUGGCUCUGACGGUGUGGCGGAGGUCGCUUUUGUUCAACGGGAAGGGGUUCACCGUGUUCGACGCGAAGGGGAACCUCGUGUUCCGCGUCGACGACUACGCGUCGGGGAGCCGGGGCGAGGUCGUCCUCAUGGACGCCGCGGGGAAUCCGCUCCUCACCAUCCGCCGCAAGAAGCUGAGCCUGAGCGAGCGCUGGAUCGUGUACAAGGGCGAGGAGGUCGGGGGCGAGCCCCUCUUCUCCGUGCGGAAGCACGUGACCCUGCUCCCCUCGCCGGCGCUGGCGCACGUGACCGGGGGCUACGCGGUGGAGGGGUCGUACGCGCGGCGGAGCGUGGCCGUGUACGACGCCUCGCGGCGCCCGAUCGCCGCCGUGGAGGCCAAGGGCGCCGCCGUGGGCCCCGACGUGUUCCGCCUCGUCGUCGCCCCCGCCUUCGACGCCGCCGCCGCCAUGGCCAUCGUCAUCCUCCUCCGCUCCCUCAUUCUCCCCCGGUAAACCACGCUAGCUGUAAUCCCACCACAAUCCUUUUUGAAUUUGUAGACUCAUCACCUCCGCACCACAUAUAUACUAAUUAAGCUCACCAUGGUUGCGGCGGUUGUUAUUAUUAUUAUUAUUAUAUUAUAUUAUAUGUAUUAAGUAUUAACUCUCUCUUGCAUCCACUCUCUCAUCCUCAUGUGUGUGAUGUGUGAUGUGUGAUGUGCGAUGAGAAUGGGAUGGUUAAAAAUAUAUACAUACAUAUAUAUAUAUUUUCUUAUUUUUAGGAGAAGGAAAGGCCAUCAUGUAUUUUUGAUGCUUCAUGUAAGCCCUGGAAGCAUUUCUUCUUCUUUUUUUCUUUUUUUUUCUUUUUUUUUUCUUUUGUGCUUAUUGAGCGCGAAGGAAGUAGGAAAUAUGCUGUGCCGUCAAAAUAUUUUCGAUAAAUUUCUUAAACUUUUGUAAUCUUAUUGUCGUGGAUACAACUAUACAAGUUCGGUUGUAAUUUAACUUUUUCCGAA